AUGACUCCCAUAGAACUUCAACCAGGCCUUGUCGGGGCAACUCAAGAAGCAAUGCUGAUGCAACGCCUUUCAUCAGAGCCGCUCGCGAUCAAUUCAACAAAAGACGAAAAUGCGAGACCCGGUGGCGUAUCGGCAAGAGCUCCUGUUCCUCAAAUCCCUCACCCUCUGGAUGACGGCGGAUCCUUCCAUGAGGACACGAGUGUUGAUUCUGAGCCCGAAGAUGAAGAAUCUGCGCGGCCCGAGUCUAUCCAUGAGAAACCCGCAGCUGGGGUUGGCAAAGCACCAGACCAACAACAUACUUUGCAACGUCUAUCGGCCUUGCACAGACUGCCUGCGGAAAUUAGGCUCGCCAUAUACAAAAUACUUCUCGUAUCCAGCAGCCCAAUUCGGGUUCAUUCGGGUUGGAGAUGUGUUUUUAAGAGACAGUCGUUGGGAAUCCCUACAAGUAUCCUGCGUACAUGUCAACGUGUAUAUGACGAAGCUGUCGGGGUUCUCUACGGCGCCAACGUAUUUCUCUACAAACUGCGAGACCACGUUUCCAGCGUCACCGAUGUCGAUCGACUGGCGCAUAUUGAUGACGCAGACGCGGUAUUUCCCAUCAACGGCGAGGCAGAUGGGGACUACGACGCGGAAGAUGAAGACGACCCGGAGUGGCGGGAGGAGACAAGCAGCCGGAACACGUCUCGACGAAGAACUACCCGGCGCCGCGGCAGCAGAGCAACCGACACAGAGGGCGACAUCAACAUUCAGAAACAUGCCUUGCUCUUCCGGCACAUUGUUGUGGAGGCAGAGCGGAACCGCUCCGUCGAAAGGACCAAGAAGCUCAUGGCAAAUGCCCUCAGCAUCUUCAACUACCGCGACAUGGGCGACCGCCGGCAAGUCUUUAAUAUCCAUACUCUAACAAUAAGGGUGACGCCAGAGUGGGAGCCACCUAAAGGAGAAGAAGGCAGCGGACACUACACUUUUGUAGACUUCUUCAAUCGAGAGUCGCCUGUCAUGAAGGCGGUCCAGGGUAUCCAUUGCCAGUUUCUACUCGUAGACCUUAUGGGUUGUUGCAGGUACGGGGACGCUUAUGAUGGGCGCGAGCUCAAAAUCGACAUGAGGCAUCUGCGGCUGAAGAACGAGGUGAAUCGCAUCAUCGUGGAUAGAUGGAAGGGCGAUCGGGUGAUGCAGGUAGGACGUGUGAGGAGGGCAAAAAUGGCCUUGCACGCAUUGGCCACAUUGGAGCAGCGCGUCGCUGCAACCUGCGAGGAGUGUCUGGAGCAAACAGGGCGUGGUGACGAAUGGGACGAUUUUACUGUCAUGGAGUUGGACGACGAGGGCGCCGGUUGA